CGUAGAUGAUGAGGAAGUAGGUACGGAGGUGUUGUAGGCAUGGAACCUCAACAAGAAACACGCGACGAAAAGCCCCUAACAUUUGCGGAUAUUGGAAUACCUACAGGACCAAAGCUAGAAGAAGGGGCAUUAGGCAAGAAAAGACCUCUGAAAGAUUUGGAGAAGAAGGAGAUAGCGUUUGCUGUGAUAUCGGUGCUCAGUUCAUUGGUAGCCACUGGGCUGGCCAUUCAGAGACUAGCCACAACGAGCAAUGGAAAUCCUGACUUCACCUUUGCACUUAUCAUUAUCAUCAAUGCUUUGUUUUGCAUUUAUUAUGUAAUCCAUGGACUCCUUGCUGAGCGGCCAUAUGAAGUGAUUGUCAUGGUUUUGGCAACUUUUGCAGUAUUAAUCUACAUUAUUGUCAACUACAUCAUGAGUACCCAAAAUGAUGUAAAACUUGCACGCCUGGUACUUGCCUGUGUAUUGAGUCCGAUUAUCAUCAUUCUGGGUGUCAUUAUAGCAAAGGAAUAUCACGACUCUGGUCGUCUGAUCUUCAGGACAGUUGGUGCAGACUCUAUGAUGCAAGGAUUCUGUAAAAUCCUGUUCCUUUUUCUGGGUUUACAGAAGUUUGAUCUACAAUUAAGUGUGACAAUGGUACUUCUUAUUCUGCAGUCUGGAACCAAAGCAGACACCGAGGACAUCAUCAUUCUGUCCAUCGGGGUCCCGGUCACCCUCAUCUGCUUUGCACUUGGAUACUUUAGUGUUCGAUGGGAGAAUAAGAAGCUGGGCAUUGCAUAUGCAGCAUCUUUAGUCCUGGCACCAGCUUACAUUAUAUUUAAAGUUUAUCAGACAGCUGAUGCUUUGGGAAAGGUUAUACCUGUAGAUAUACCGCAGCAUAAUGCCACCAGUACCGCUGCCACUGCCACUGCCACUCCGACUCCAACAUUUAAUCCCCUCUCUGGGACGACUUUCUUCAGUGCAGGGCUUGCUUUAUUCAUUCGAGUAGUGAUGGGGAUCUAUUUCCUUAAAUCAGUUUUAAACUUUGGCCAUGGACUGAAAUACAAAGUAUUUGGAAACCACGAUAACCUUCACGUCGUAACACAGACCAGUAUGUACCAAUCCUUUCAGGACUUGGAUUGAGUGUAUAUGGGGGAACGGAACCACCGAGAACAAACAUCGAAGAAACAGCACCUCCAGAGUAAAUCCUCAACCGACCAAACUUGGAGUAUUUAUAAAUGAGAAAAAGUUUAUAUAGGGGAAAUCUUUACAAAUUUUAAAAAAUAAAUGUUGACAAAAAUUGUCAACUUUAGAAUACCCGGUACAUGAAGUUCUGAAAUAGGCAAUGCACAACAUUAAUUCUUAGUCAUUGGGGAAAAAUAAAGUUGAUUACAUGUUGAUUUGCAAAAACCUUUACAAUGAAUUAACAUAUCUUCAGUAAACCUGGUGCUUUUAAAAAAGAAAAUAUAGAAUAUGGGCCAAAUUUUGCAAAUCACUUAUUUGCUAAUCCAUCUGUUUGUUAGCAGGAAAACUUUGAAGGACAAAUUCAAUAUAUCUUGUGGAGAAGUUUAAUAAGUGUAUUGUAGAUAAAUUAUAUAGUGAUUUGUUUAUCAUGCGAGUGUAUAUUAUAGUACCGGUAUUAUAAACUCAUCAAAUUAUUUUUCUACAACUAAGUAAUACUCUAGUACUCACAUACACAAAAUGUCAAGUUGUACAAAACAGUAAUUUUAAUUUUGUACAUGUAUGAGAGGAUUGAAAUUGUGUAUUAUUUGUGGAAAUAAUCAUUUUAUUGCUUUUUAAAAAUACAACAAGGAAAGUUGCUUUAGUUUGGAUUAAAGAAUUAAUAUUGAAUAUUUUCCAACCACCACCCCACCACC